UUUUGGUUAGGUUAGUUGUAUGUAUUGAGUAUUGUAAGUGACGAGGUAUUAACGGUAUAGUUUUAGUACGGUUAGUUUUAUAAGUAAAUAAUUAUUCAUAUUUUAAAUGUAGUAAGGAAUGAAAUAAUAGAGUGUUAGUAAUGUUGUUUUAAUUAUUUUUGUGCGGGCCUGGAAUGAUUUUGAAAUGCUUCUCGUAGAAAAGAACCCACUUUUAAGUUUCCCUCAAACUUCUUUAUUUGGUGUUUACAUAAAAAAUGCUAAAAUCAGGAGGCAGCCAAAUGCCGGCUGUUGUAAUAGAGCGACUGCACCCUCAGAGCGAGGAAAUGUGGCAAGCAUUGAAAGUCCACAUUCAACGUGAGAGACAAAGAAAAAAACAAGAACAAGAGGCCGAUGCUGAGAAUGAAAGGCAACGCAAGGAGCGUGAAUUGCAGCAAAAGCAAGAUGUGAUGACUCUUGGUGAGACUCGAGAACAGAUACUCGUGCUGGAGCAACGACUCUCCAAACUCAAGGAAGAGAAACACGAACUGUUCAUGCAAUUGAAAAAAGUGCUCAACGAAGAUGAAUAUAGAAGGCGACAAAUGGUCAAAGAAUCCAAUGAGGUUCUGGAAAUGUAUAAUGUCACAUUGGGGAAUCAUCAACUGUUCCUACAGCAAAAUAUGCCAGUCGCUAACCGCAAUCAACAAUUGUAUAAAGUACCGCCACCUCAUAAUCUUCUGCCUGCUUCUGGAGGCUCGUUGAAAAGGUCUUGCAGUCCAUCUCCCCCACCUUCCACUGGCUACAAUCAUCCAAGCUACGGCUACAAACCCAAUCAGGCUCCUCCUUCAUCUUCUUAUCAGAAAGCGCCUCCUGAAGAUAACAGAAGAGGUCAUGAGUAUGUUAGAGCAGUAUUAUGGAACAAAAACAACCAGUACGGUCCAUUCUACCCGACUUCAACAACACUGAGCUAUUCGGCUUCAGCGGCACCCGCCCCCUCCGCCCCCGUGCAGACCAUCUACACAUACGCGGGGCAGUUUGCGCAUGCGCAGCCGCCUCCACCACCCCCCUCCUCAUCAGGUGGCCCACCGCCUCCGCCUCAGUCGCAGGUGAGGGCCGAACCGCCUCCACCGCCCCAGGAUAGCCAGCCGCCUCCGCCUCAGCCGCCGCCCCCUUCUGCCAAGCACCCAACCGUCUACAUGACCCAGUCGAGAGCGCCCAUCAGUCAAGCCUACAUGCAUGGACCAAUUGAUCAUAACAAGCCUGGCUACCCUGAAGAUAAAUACUACUCUGUGGCUCCAAUCCGUCCAGCAACUCACGUGUCCCUUCAUGGCGGUAGUAUUCCAAUCCAACAACCUCCUCAGGGUGCCAAAACGGGCGGCAUCACCUCCGGAUACCCAAUCAGGCCUCCUUCCUCGGCUCCGCAUCCUAUUUCAUCGGCUCCCAAUCAAGUGCAACAUAGUGUUUACGUAAGUGAGGCUCCGUCAGGUAGCAGACUAGUCUACAGUUCAGCAGGUAUUCCUCAGCCUUCGAAUGCUCCCCCUGGCCGGUAUGCUAUCUCCAACAUGCAGAGACAAGUUUAAUGUGCUAUAGUUCGAUUGCCAUCUCAAUACAUUAAUACUAUGUCUACCUACUAUAUAUUAUAUUGCGAUUAACAGAUUUAAUUCGAGAAUUCAGCAUUAGUUGAACUAUUGAAAUAACGACAUUUACUCUAAAGCGGUUUAUCAAUAGAGAAUUUAGAGAUAGAACGUUACUGGCUGCCAGUGCUUUCAUUACGUCACUUUCCAUCAAUUUAUAUUUAGACACAUGUAUGCUAAAUGUAUAUUAAUGAAGAAUCACAUGAUAAAAACUGGUGACACUGGCCACCAGAAACUAUAGCGUAAAAAUAAAAGAUUUACAGACAAGCUCAAUCAUUCAAGACAGCAUUGUUCUGUUUGAGUUAUUGACAACCAACUACCUUGUGGUAGUCGAGAAUAACAUGCUUCAUUUAAGUUAGUUAAUGCUGAUUUUUUGACAUUGAUCGUACUAUAAUACGAGGGUUAUCUCUAAAGUAAAGACCGUUUUGUUGUAAAAAAAAUAUUAAAAAAAUAUGUUCAAACAAAGUGAUACAGAAUGAAAUACACAACUUACAUUAGUGCUCUACAUAGUCGCCAUAUGAAUUGAGACAUUUGUCAUAGCGAUUCACCAGCUUUAAUAUACCCUCGUCGUAUUCUUCUGCCGCCAGUUCAUUUAGCCAUCGAUUCACGGCAUCUUUAAGUUCGUCAUCACCCGCGAAUUGCUUACCUCCCAAAAAUUCUUUCAAUUUGCCAAACAAAUGGUAAUCUGAAGGUGCUAAAUCUGGACUGUAUGGUGGGUGACUGAAAAUUUCCCAUCCAAAUCUGUCCAGUAAAUCGAGCGUCUUACCAGCCACAUGUGGGCGAGCAUUAUCAUGCAACAGUAUGAUGCCGUCGGUAAGUCGUCCGCGGUGGCGAUUCUGAAUGGCACGCCGUAACUUGAAGAGUGUUUCACAGUAAUAUUCUGCAUUUACAGUCGUUCCGCGUGGCGUAAAGUCAUAUUGAUUGACUGCCAAAUCGAUCCCAAAAUACCGUGGCCAUCAAUUUCCUUCCAAACGGCAGUGGCUUAAUCUUUUUUGGUUUCGUUGGUGACUGAGGAUGACGCCAUUCACAUGACUGCCGUUUUCUUUCUGGCGUGUAAUUAGAAAUCCAGGUUUCAUCGCCUGUAACUAUUGAAUUAAGGAAUUCAUCACCAUUUUCUUUGUAGCGCAUUAGGAAUUCCAAAGCAGAUCCCAUUCGGAUUUGUUUGUGACGUUCCGAUAACGCGUACGGCACCCAACGUGCACAAACUUUUCUGAAGCCUAAAUGGUCAUGCACAAUGCGACCAAUAACAGCUCUUGAAACACCAGGGAAAAUACGGGUCAAUUCAGAUAUUGUCACGCGACGAUUGUUUUUGAUUUCUUCAUCGACCUUUUUCAACAAGUCCUCGUUGAUUAUUGAGGGCCUCCCGGAACGUUCUUCAUCAUGCACGUUAACUCUCUUAUUUCUAAACCUUUCACACCAUUUUCGAACGUUUCUUUCAUUCAUUACAUUUUCACCGUACACAGUAACCAACUGCCUAUGAAUUUCGACCGGUUUAACGUUUUGAUGGUUUAAAAAACGUAUCACUCCACGAAUUUCACAAUCGGCGGCAACAUCAAUUGUCUCAUUCAUUUCUAAACGCUAUAACUGAAACGUAAAUAAAGAUAGAACAACGCGACAAAUGGCAGACAACAAUGCAGUGUGUAUAUUACGAGACUGGAUUCAGCCGACACAGGUUAGCCAACCUCACGGCGAGAAAUUUCCCAACGGUCUUUACUUUAGAGAUAACCUCUCGUAAAUCUCGAUACAGUUGAAGAUCUGCAUUCUGAAAAUCGACAAUAAAGUUGUUGAAGCUAAUCUGAGAUGCAACGGUAUAGGGGCACAGUAUACCUAUUCUGUGAUAGGGGUUCAGAAGUUCGAACACUAGCGCUUUCGUGUAGAAGAUAAUUGUGUGAAGAUCAGAUGAUAGAGGCUAAGCGCCCAAUUUUGAAUUUGUAAAUAAUCCUAUUUUGAAUGAAUUUGUUUGAAUUUUUUUUGACAUGAGCACGAACGGUAACGCUUUCAUGUAGAAGAUAUGAACUUUUUUGGGGAAAAUUUCGCCACCAGAGACCGCGUGAGUUGAUUCUACAGUCAACUUCUGGUCCCCUAUUGGUGGAACAGUUGAAGUGUCAGUCCAGCUACUGGCGAAAUUUUUUUCCUGUUCCAAAACAAUAAUUGACGCUCAGUGAUACUCGCCUUUCAGGAGUAAAACUCCUUCUGGAAUCGUUAUUAUUGAUGACUUGUUUUUUGAAGCAAUGAGUCAUCAUUCAAUGACGAAAUGCAAAACUUGAAAGCGUUAAUUCUAUUGCUGGAACCUGGCAAUCGUAGUACUUAGCAUAUAGAUAACUGAUUAUCAAUGUAGGUCAGUAUAAAUCGUAAUUUAAAACUUAGGAUGUAGAAGGGUCGAGGGUCGUCGGUGUGCACUAAGUAAGAAUUAUAAAAAGUUUAAUCUUUUUGAAAUAAAACUUGGUUCAAGUUUCAAUCAAAGUAAUCAAUCAUAGAUGCCAAUAAACCUCAUUGACCUACCAUAGAUGUUCAUUGACCUGGAUAAAGUAAACUAAACUCAAACAAGUUUGUUCACUCUUCAAUUUUCCACGUGGCAUUUUUUGUGCAAACCUGCGAUAGCUCGUUCGUUUCUAUAAAUAUUUCCAAUAAAUAAAUGCAUAAUGUGAAAAUUGAAAAAAUUGAGAGUAAGACGAACAUGAAUAUUAUUAUAAAAACCAGAAAUAAAACUGUAUAGAAGUCGACAAAUUACUUUGAAUGAUGGAUCACAAAUAUUUGUUCAGUUAAUAUAUUGAUGUUACAGGAAGCAUUUGGGUAAAAAAUUAUGACUUAUGUAGACCUUAUUGAUAAGUAAACAAUGCACACAUUAUAUUCCAUUAAUCUAGCAAGAACUAGAUCGGUUGAGUUACUUGGAUUAAAGGAAAUGGUCUUAUAUGUGCAUCAAUUUAUUCAUUGAUUUGUGUGAUGUAAUUACGCUCCUCGUCACCUACAAUGAUAUCCCACGCUUCUCAUAACCAAUCUGUGAUUUUCUUCUGAUAUUGGAUUUUGAUUUUAUUAAUAUUUUAGUUACUGUCCGUAAGUUAGGUUAAUAAUUCAAACACUACUCGUCGUCAGGUCAUAAAAAUAGACUUGAAGAAUAUAUAUAAUAUGUUAUGAAGCUUUAAUAUUAAUAGUUUUAUUUUUAAUUUUAGAUUAUGUCCUACAAAAUAGUAUUGGUAAAAGUUAACAAACUUGUUCAUUUCAAAUCUAGCUACCAAGGAGAUUAGUUUAAUUUUCAACAGUUUUAGUAGUUUCUCAUUGACAUUUCUUGCUGGUUUUCUAAUAACUUGAUUUGCAGUCGACAAAAGUAAUAAUUGAGUACUUUAAAAGAACUAGUAAUUUGGUUCAUAAAUUUUUCAGAUGUCAAAAGUAAUAACAUCCAGUGAAAACCCUAAAUAUUAACUUCAAAGUUAAUAAUAAUAAAAAUAAAGAUAAUUAUCCAAAUAAAGAUAACGUUGGAAAUGAAUUGAAAUUUAAAUCAUAUGAUCCAUAAUUAAACCAUAAGCUAUUUUUAUCAAAAUUAGGGAGAGGAACAGUUUUGGGUCUAUUCCUGUUGAUUCUCUCUCAAUCAUUAAUUUGAUAUUGUGAUUGUGGAAUGAAAUAAAUAAAUAAUAUAUGGAAAUAAACACUUAUUAAAAAUUAUUAUUAUUCUACAGAUGGAAAUUUGGAUUUUCGUUUAAUAAUAAUGAUUAUUCAUUUAAAAUAGCUUAUGGGCUUUCAGCUUAUGAAUAGCCUACAGUAAAUUUCCUAAAUAGGAAAUAUCCUUUAUUUUUUGUCCUUAGGAUGUAUUAUUUUAUUCAAUUUCCCGAAAAUAUAAAAUUGAAAAAUGAAAUAAGCAUAAAAAUGAACGAGUUUGUUACCUAAGUUUGUAUAAUUAAUCACGUUAACUGAGAGAAUAUAAAUAUAUUGUAUUUUAUAUCCUACUGAAAUAUAUAUUUCAGUCAAAUUAAAUUGAAUAACUAUUGGUUUUGGAUACACUUGUAAUGUGGAAUUAGUAGUAUUGAACGAAAAUAUGGUAAUAUAAUAUAUUAUAACUAGUUGUUAUAAUACAAUGAUGAUGUUUUAUGUGCUUGUCUUUGAAGUAGAUCUGAAUAAAUUAUUAUCGAUCUUAAAUAAUCUUAGUCAAGAUUCUAUAUCAUUUAUUUUCAAGAUAUAACUUUCGACUUAAUCGUAUAUGAAUAAGUGCGAUUUCAAACUAUCUUCGACAUUAUUAUUACAUGAAUAUUUUCUUAAUAUAGGUUGUGCUUCACAACCAUGUUGAUUCUGAAAGAAUAGAAGUAUAGAUUAAGUGUUUAAUGUACAUGGAACAAUAAUUUACUUUGAAGAACUAAGGAAGUAACCUUACAGUAUUUGUUCAUUGAUGUUUUUUCCAAUAUUCAUUAUGAAUAACUUAUUAUUAACCGCUCACACCGCUCUAUAGAUAAUUUACCCAAGAAAAAUAUGCACGACUUGUAAUAAGUGUUACCGGCCGGCUAUCCAUUUCAACAAAAAAUUCGAAAUCAGACAAAUUCUUAUCAUAACAUCUUAUAGGGAUAAUUAAUUUAAUAGACUAGAGGAUCAUUCUACUCAUCUGUUGAAAUAUUAUCGUUAUAAUUUUGAACUUCGUCACCAACAAUAAUUUGAAAUAAUAGCUUAGCAAAAAUAUAUUUGUACAUUUUUAAUUUUUUGAACAUCAGUCAUUGUUUCUGAAAAACCUCAACUAAGACUUUAAAUAGAAUUAUUAUGUUUGAAGAAAACUCCCUCAUGUGCUCCAAUUAUCAUAAUCAGGAAAAAAACGUUUCGAUUUUAUCUUCUUAAAAUUUUCUAUUCUGAUUUGGUUAGUACCUAAGUAAUGUAAGUGAUUGAGAGUGUCCAUAAAAGGGUUUUUUGGAUGUUUAUUAAAGAAAUGUAUAUAGAA